AUGCGAUCUCAGCCAGAAAAUGCUGCCAACUUGGCUGAUUCGGCUGUGGGAAGUGUCCAAGGGCAGCCAGUGGUGCAGAUAUUUGGCAGCUUUAGUACAGGCCUCUAUCUUCCAACAAGUGACAUAGACCUGGUUGUCUUUGGAAAGUGGGAGCGUCCUCCGUUACAGUUGUUGGAACAGGCCCUGCGGAAGCACAACGUGGCUGAGCCAUGCUCCAUCAAAGUUCUGGACAAAGCUACAGUGCCCAUCAUAAAGCUCACAGAUCAGGAGACCGAAGUUAAAGUCGACAUCAGCUUUAACAUGGAGACUGGCGUCCGGGCGGCAGAGUUCAUCAAGAAUUACAUGAAGAAGUACUCGCUACUGCCAUACUUGAUUUUAGUGUUGAAACAGUUCCUCCUACAGAGGGACCUGAAUGAAGUCUUCACAGGCGGGAUCAGCUCCUACAGCCUCAUCUUAAUGGCUAUCAGCUUUCUGCAGUUACAUCCAAGAAUCGAUGCCCGGAGAGCUGAUGAAAACCUGGGAAUGCUUCUUGUAGAAUUUUUUGAACUUUAUGGAAGGAAUUUUAAUUACUUGAAAACUGGUAUUAGAAUAAAAGAAGGAGGUGCCUAUAUCGCCAAAGAAGAGGUUAUGAAAGCCAUGACCAGUGGGUACCGACCAUCGAUGCUGUGCAUUGAGGACCCCCUGCUGCCUGGGAACGACGUUGGGCGGAGUUCCUAUGGAGCCAUGCAGGUGAAGCAGGUGUUUGACUACGCUUACAUUGUGCUCAGCCACGCUGUGUCACCACUCGCCAGGUCUUACCCCAACAGGGAUUCUGAAAGUACUUUAGGAAGAAUCAUCAAAGUCACCCAGGAAGUGAUCGACUACCGGAGGUGGAUCAAAGAAAAGUGGGGUAGCAGAAUCCUCCCGUCUCCAGACCUAGACAACAGGAUUAAGAUAAAGGAGAGAAUUCCCACGUGCAAUGGGGAGCAGAUGCAGAGCCGGGAGCCCAGCUCCCCGUACAGCCAGCGCCUGACUUUGUCCCUGUCCAGUUCCCAGCUGCUGUCUUCAGGCUCCUCUGCUUCUUCCGUGUCCUCGCUUUCUGGAAGUGACAUUGACUCUGACACACCACCCUGCACCACGCCCAGUGUUUAUCAGUUCAGCCUGCAAGCACCCACUACCCUGAUGGCCAGCCUGCCCACAGCCUUGCCAAUGCCCAGCAGCAAACCCCAGCCUGCUGCUUCCAGAACGUUGAUCAUGACAACAAACAAUCAGACCAGAGUUACCAUCCCUCCACCGACCCUCGGCGUGGCUCCUGUUCCUUGCAGACAGGCUGGUGUUGACGGAACCACAUCUUUGAAGGCUGUUCACAACGUAACUUCCCCAGCCAUUCCCUCUGCAUCCCCCAACCCACUGUCUAGUCCUCAUCUCUAUCACAAGCAGCACAAUGGCAUGAAACUGUCCAUGAAAGGCUCCCACAACCACACUCAGGGUGGCGGCUACAGCUCUGUGGGCAGCGGAGCUGUGAGGCCUCCUGUUGGCAACCGAGGGCACCAUCAGUACAACCGCACUGGCUGGAGGAGGAAAAAGCACGCACACACAAGGGACAGCCUGCCUGUGAGUCUCAGCAGAUAAUGUCCUGACUGACUGCCCACAGGCCUCGGGCACCACAGGGGAACCGAGACCAGCAUCCAGCACCUCCACCGUGGGCUGCCGAGUGCCGCCUACCACUGGCCACGCUGCAUGUGUGUGGUGGCCGUACCCAUCUUACAGAACAGCUCCUGUGCUCAUCUGUGAAGCCUUACUACAUGUGGAUGUGCGUCUGCCUGCUCGAAGUCUAACCCGUGCCCAGCAGGGAGGCCUAGGAAGGGCAGGGACUGGAGGUGCGGCCUUGCAGCCAUGUCUGCUGGGUGGCGAUUUGGGGUUCUCAUCGUGUCUGUCACAGGCAGAGAUGCCAAGCCUUGCUCCAUGUCUCUGUGACGGAGUGGGCAGGCUGCUGUUUUACUGCCCUCAUGUCUUGUUUGAAAAUUCGGGACUUUUUCUAUGUAAAUAUUGAAAACUUAUGAUUUGUGCAAUAACUCAGAUAUUUUUUAUUUAAUUUCAUAUUUUCACAUAAGUUAUAUUUAAGGGAGGAGGGAAUUUUUUUUAAAACACGCUUAUAUCCUUUCCCAAUUUGCAUUUUCUAAGUUGGGUUCCUCGUGUUGGCUGGUUAUCUGAUAGCAUCAUGACGUGAACACCGUGAGGAGGGGCCUGUGGGCUUUAUUUUUACGUCUUUUCUUUUGGUCAGAUGCAGUGACGGACCCAAGUCAUCUCGAUGGUUCUGUGGGCCGGCGUGUACCUGGCAGCCUCGCUGUAGGCCUUGGGCUGCUGUCCUGCUCUGACCACGAGUUUUGACAUUUUGGUUUGGGUUUUUAAAAACUAGACAGCAAAUCCAGCAUUUAAAGUGCCAGAAGUAUAAACCUCUAAGGGGAGAAGAGGUGGUCACGUCGUAUACAUCGUAAAGCCUUGUGACUGUGGGCGUGCUUCGGCCCGCUAAGUGGCGUGGUUUAGAGUCCUGGGCCUGGUGAGUACCAUCACAGACAAUGGCACCCAGAUUUAGGAAUGUGGAGAAAGGGGUUUCGUUGAUUCCGUUGAGGAAUCUGCAUAGGUAUGCACUCGUUCUGUUAAGAGCAAAUAUCUGAAAGGACCUCCGCUGUUGAGGGCACACGGGGAGUAUUUAAUGUAUCCCAGGAGAGCACAGCCCAGUGUGGGCCCCGGAGCGGCAGGUGCCUGGCGUCAGAAGCAUACAGGUAUACUAUGCAAGUGUAUUCUGCCACACCAACCACUGUCUUUGUUACUUUUUUUGAACAAGAAUAUACCCAUCGCCUGACCCUGAGUCUCUGGAGUACCACAGUUGUCCUGGAGUGCUUGCACUUGUAGGCCCUUUGACUUCCAUUUCUAAAAUGGGGGUCUGCUAAACACUACAGGUAGGUUGGUUUUAAGUCCACUAGUAUAGAAUGUCAAGCCGGGAAGCCGAGUGCUGUGCCAUCUGAGUGACGUGCAGCAGUGCGAGUUCUGAAUCGAUGUCUGACGGUGACGGCCACUCGCCAAGGACAAGCUCUGUGUCUGGGUCUGCCUCCUGCUGCUGUGGUGGGGCUGUUGCCUCUGGGAGACACUCCAGAGCAGAGGAGCACAUGGGGUCUGCAGCUCAUGAAGAUUGGAAUCAUCUAGAGUAUUUAAAAUUAUUUAAAUUGUGAAGCCUGUUGCUAAAGAAUAUUUAUGAACACUGGUCCAUAGCCUGUACUAAUUUACACAUUAGCAAUAUUGACUGUAUCUGCAUUAAGGAGCCACCGUAGGGCCAUUCGAGUGACCCGCAGAUGUGCGUUUUAAAGUUCUAUCAUCCACAGGCACAGGUAUGUGUCCGUCCCCGUUCGUAAUGGUGAACCACAUGAAUUGGCCUGGCUACACUGUGGCUGUAUGCUACAGUUUGACAAAAAGAUACCAUGUUUCAAUUUUCUGUGUGGACAACAAUGUGGACACUAAAAUUGACAUAUUUUUAUGUAAAGUUUUUCUAUUCUUUGAUUUUUAAUAAACUUUAGA